AUGGAUGGCUUGAAACUAAUAUUAAUUAAUUUCCUAACAUUAUCAAUGGCUGGUGCCAAGAUAAAGGGCAUCACAUUGUGCCCACCAGCUUAUUCUGUUCCCAUUGACGAGCUUAAAUCAGCCAUCACAAAGAAUACUCGUGCAAUUCUCAUCAACACCCCACAUAAUCCAACUAGAAAGAUGUUUAGUAGGGAGGAGCUUAGUACUAUCGCAUCACUUUGCAUUGAGACUGAUGUACUAGUUUUCACUGAUGAAGUUUAUGAUAAAUUGGCUUUCGAAACAGAUCACAUUUCUAUGGCCUCUCUUCCAGGAAUGUAUGAACGGACUGUGACUUUGAAUUCCUUAGGGAAGACAUUCUCCUUGACAGGGUGGAAAAUUGGCUGGGCAAUAGCGCCUCCUCACUUGACAUGGGGAGUGCGGCAGGCACAUUCUUUCCUUACUUUUGCUACCUCCACUCCUAUGCAGUGGGCGGCUGCGGUUGCUCUCAGAGCCCCAGAAUCCUACUAUGUUGAGUUAAAGAGGGAUUACAGGGCAAAGAAGGAAAUCUUGGUUGAGGGGUUGAAGGCUGUUGGUUUCAAAGUAUUUCCAUCAAGUGGGACUUACUUUGUCGUUGUUGAUCACACCCCUUUCGGCCUGGAAAAUGAUAUUGCAUUUUGUGAGUAUCUGAUCAAGGAAGUCGGGGUGGUAGCAAUCCCAACAAGUGUAUUUUACUUGAACCCGGAAGAUGGAAAUAAUUUGGUGAGAUUCACCUUCUGCAAAGAUGAAGAAACUCUGAAGGCUGCAGUCGAGAGGAUGAAGGAGAAGCUGAAGAGAAAAUGACCCCUUUUGUGUGGGAAUAGCAGUCUGAACUUCGAUAUUUCAAUGAUUGAUGCUGCAAUGCAAAAUAUUUUAUGUGGGAGUUUAGUACCCUUUUUGGGUGGCGAUAAAGCCAAGUUAGUUUGCUAGCAAUUAACAGCAUCAUUAGAAUAAUAGAAGGCAUCUUUUCCCAAAAUCUAUUGAUAUUUAUCGAUUUGAUUAUUGUCUCUCGUA